ACAGGAGCUAUGCUAAGUAUGCUUAACUCCGUCAAAGUCCUAUUAGGUAAGGACGACCGAAGGGAUUAUAGGAGCGCGGGCGUUGAGCAGACGAUGGCGGCUAAGUACAUAUCUGCAGAGCGUAGGUCUCUUCUCCUAAUAAUUACUUACCCUACUAAAACCUAUUGUAAUAACUGGACCACCUACCUCACCCCUAGCUAA